AUGGCUGACGAGACAUGGACCACUUCGGUCACCAAGCUGACCGAGGUCAAGGCCAUCCCCGACGAGGCCAUCUCCAACCCGCACCACGUCACCAACAAGAGCGGCAAGCUCACCGGCUUCAAGAACCCAUACCCAUCCUGGUAUAACCUUAAUGAGCCCUCGCGCCUAUUUCACGAGCUCCUCUGGCCCAUGAUCACCGGCCGAAUCUCCUCACCUGACACCACCCCGCCGACCGUCAACGUCGUCAAGCCGCGCUUCCUCCCGCACCGCCGGGCCUCGCCGCGGCUCCGCGCCACCUGGCUCGGGCACGCCUGCUACUACGUCGAGUACCCGUCCGGCCUGCGCGUGCUCUUCGACCCCGUCUUCGAGGACCGCUGCUCGCCCUUCCGCUUCCUCGGCCCGCGCCGCUACACCCCGAAGCCCUGCGACCUCGCCGACCUCCCCACCGUCGACGCCGUCGUCAUCAGCCACAGCCACUACGACCACCUCUCUCACUCCUCCGUGCUCGAGAUCCAGAAGCACCAGCCCGAGGCGCAGUUCUUCGUCGGCCUCGGCCUCGAGUCCUGGUUCCGCGCCAGCGGGCUGAACAAGGUCACGGAGCUCGACUGGUGGCACGACGCCGAGCUGACCGUCAAGCGGACCGGCGGUAACAGCAGCGGGACCGAUGUCGCCGCGGCGGCGGUGAGUCGAAGCGGUGCGGACGCGGACGCGGACACGAUCACGGCGCGCAUCUCGUGCCUACCGUGCCAGCACACCUCGGCGCGCACGCUGCUCGACAAGGACACGACGCUGUGGUGCAGCUGGGCCGUGUCGUCCGGCGGCAAGUCGGUCUGGUUCGGCGGCGACACGGGCUACCGGGGCGUCCCGCGGGGCCUACCCGCGGGCGCGGACGACCACGCGGCCGAGUACGCGGCGCUGCCGCGCUGCCCGCAGUUUGCGCAGAUCGGCGCGCUGCGCGGACCGUUCGACCUCGGGCUGGUCCCCAUCGGCGCGUACUUCCCGCGCGCCGCCUUCUCCGCGAUGCACGCCGACCCGUUCGACGCCGUGGACAUCUUCAAGGACACGCGGUGCAAGAGGGCGAUGGGCAUCCACUGGGGCACAUGGGCGCUGACGAUGGAGGACGUGCUGGAGCCGCCGAAGCUGCUGCGCAAGGCGCUGGCGCGCAGCGGCAUCGCGGAGGAGGGCGUCUUUGACGUCUGCGAGAUUGGCGAGAGCCGCGAAUUCUGA